CACUGAACGAGUGUACGGUAUCGAGCUCACCAUCAACCAUGGCGUCAUUACCAUCCGCAGUGCCCUCGCACCCAGUCGUAUUCACGACUCAAACACCCUAUACACUCCCCUCCCAAAAAUUCAUGAUCCCCUUGGACUGGAAACGCUACCAGCUCUCCCAACUCAUCAACAAAGCACUUGACCUCCCCAAGCCUAUUCCAUUUGACUUCCUUGUCCAUGGCGAGAUUCUCAGAACGUCCCUUUUAGAAUGGCGCACAGAAAAGGGUGUUGGAGAGGAAGAUACGUUAGAGAUCGAGUAUUUUGAGAGUGUGAUGCCUCCUCAGCGGAUGUCCGAGCUUCCACACGAAGAUUGGGUAUCUUCAGUGUCAUGUCGAAUACCUCAACACUUCGCCACAGCAUCCUAUGACGGUCACCUACGUCUCUUCGACUAUUCGCAAAAUCUGGUUCUUGAUGCUUCUGUGCACCAAUCACCCAUCACUUCCGUCUGUAUAGUACCAUCCCCGCCAUCAGACACCGAGUCUCGCAUUCUAGCGAGUUCGUCGCAUGACCUCACUGCGUGUCUUACGCGCAUAUAUCUGGACUCAGAGACUCCUACUGCAUCCACUGUCGCUUCUCUACAUCUUCACACCAGCCCACUAUCCUCCAUAUCUACUGAUGCAUCUGGUUCACACAUCCUCACCUCUUCGUGGGAUGGCCUCAUCGGUGUCUGGGAUACUUCAAUACCCGAUGACCACCAAGUCAAUUUGGAACGCGGUGAUGAUAGAAAAAAGCGGCGUAAGACUGUACCCGCAAACAUAAAACGGAAAGCACCGAUAGCAGUACUAAAAUCGCACACUGCACGCGUGUCAAAAGCAAUUUUUGCUGCAGGUGAGCCUGCGAAAGGUAAGGCCUAUAGCUGUGGUUUUGACUCGACGGUGCGAACCUGGGAUGUCGAAAGUGGUGUAUGUAUGAAUACCAUUAACGUGCCUGAGCGUCCAAUGCUCGACCUCACUGAAACCCCCGAUGGAACGUUCUCCUCGCUGCAUCCACGGACCGCACUUGGGAAAAAUCAGGUUGUCACUGGCAGUUAUGAUGGCGUUGCGCGGUUAUGGGACCUGCGGAGCACGAAAGGCGCUGUGACCAGUUUCAGGGUAUGGGAUGGGAUGAAGGUGCUUGCGGUGGAUUGGGUUGGGGAUGUGGUGGGCAUUGGAGGCGAGGGCGGGAUGGAGGUAUGGAGAAUAGCCGGGGGAUCCUAG